UAGGCUUCACCAUUCUAGAAUGAAGUAUUAUCUGUUAGUCUGUCUGGUUAUACCUGUAUCUUUAGCCUUUACUUUUCAAAUAUGCUACAAUCAUAACCCUUUACGGAUUAAUGGGACACAGAAUGCUAGUGAAUUGCGAUGUCCAAUGAAAUGCAAGUGCAGUUACUGCCUAUUAAACAAAGAAGAUUACUUGGCAUAUACUCGCAUUGUUGAUUGUUCAUAUGAACAUUUAUCGGCUGUACCACCGGUGGAGACGGUUCCAACUGAUACUAUGAAGUACCUACUGAACAAGAAUGAAAUCAAUUCAUUAAAGAACAACUCCUUCAGAACAUUAACCACCCUGAAAUAUUUGAAUAUGGAAUCAAACGACUUGAGUUACAGAACCAUUGAAAGUGAUGCAUUUCGUGGAUUGAAGAAACUGAAAUACCUCUCGUUGAGUAAAAACACGAAUCUACAUAGGCUGCUGGACCAGUGGUUUGUAGACCUUACAUCGCUUGAAUUCUUGAAUCUAACUCAUUGUGGAAUAUACAGAAUAGAAAAUUAUGUAUUUAAACAUUGCAAAUAUUUGCAAACAAUUGAUCUUUCUUGGAACGGUAUUAAAUCGCUCCCGAUACCCGUUUUCCAAAAUCUCCUCUCACUUAACUACCUAUGUAUUGAUCACAAUAAACUUACCUCUAUUCCAAAUAAAGCAUUUGUAGGUUCUCGAAAACUCAUGAAUAUUAGUGUCACAGAUAACUCUCUCACGGGAAUCUCAGAAAAUGUCGGGUUACAAAACCUAAUUUCUUUGCACAAUCUUAGUGUCUCAUUCAACAAAUUUUCAUGCGAUUGUUAUCUUGUGUGGUUUAGGCAAUGGAUUGACAAGGCAAACGUCACUUUCCCAGACAUUGAUCAGGCUUUGUGCUACGAACCAAAAAGUUUGUAUAACAGCAAAUUCAUGGAUUUUGAGCCCGAUAAAUUGCAGUGCAACACAUUUAUUACAAUAUUGAAGAUUGCCAUUCCAUCUGCUUCAGCUGGAAUUGCUAUUGCAAUAAUUGGAUUUCUUAUGUACUACUUCAGAUAUGAUCUAAGGUGCUGGAAUGAGAGAAGACGCCUUCGUAAGCAAUAUCAACAACUUGCAAAUCAAGGACAUUCACCAAUUAAUGAUGAAAACAUACAAUACGAUGCCUUUGUGUCAUAUAGCAACAGAGAUCAAGAAUGGAUUCUCAAUGUAUUGCAACCGUCGUUAGAAACCCAACGCAACUUUAAACUUUGCGUUGAUUACCGUGAUUUCAUCCCGGGAGAGGCAGUUGUAGAUAACAUCGCAAAUGCCGUUAAAUACAGCCGAAAAGUGCUGUUGGUUGUUUCCAAAAACUUCGUCAAAAGCGAGUGGUGUUACUUCGAACUGGAAAUGGCGCGCACACGCAUGUUCGAGACUCGUGAGGACGUCUUGGUUGUGGUACUACUAGAGAAGGUGUCAGCAAAAGAUAUGCCAGUACUCUUGCAUACGAUACUGACAAAGAAAACAUAUAUAGAGUGGGAAGAACGUCAAGAGAGACAAGCGUUGUUCUGGGCUAAGCUGGAAGCACUGUUGAUGUCUUCGAAUUGCCACAGAAAUCGACUGUUGGAUACUCCUCCAGACUAA